AUGGGUUGGAACGAACUGCCCGUCGAAAUAAUGGAAAUUAUUUUCUCUCAGGUUCACCAGCCGGAUCUUCCCUCUCUCCGGUUCGUCUCUCGUGCGACCAACCACGCCAUCUGCCCACUCAUUUGGAAACGUAAAUUGCUGUGUGUCGAAUGGAAAGAGUUGCCGUAUCUCGAAGAGAUCAUGGGCUCUGACUCAUUAUCGUAUCCCUUGUCCCAGCUCGUUACGGGUCUCAAAGUUCGGACGGUCCCUACUCGAAUACCAGUGGUACCACAGACGCAGCCGACGUCGUUCUCCGGCACAAAGGCUGAAGCAACUCGACGCCACAAGACUUUGAGCAUGCUUUUAGCCAAGAAUUCAGAUAAAAAGACGGAUAGCCUUCUUGAAGAACAGGCGGAGUGGUCUAUAACCGAUGCUGGGCUUGACAUAUUUUAUCGAAUUGUUCGCAAAUUCGCCAACUUGAAAACUCUAGGCGUGCCCUCGCUCGAUACCUUGGUGGCUGCCUCAUCUUCAUCGCUUGAAACAUUCGCUAUCGCUCGUAGCACUCUACAAUCUUUCCAGAAUAUUGAGGAAUUGAGACUCAAUAGUGUCUGGCUCAAUCGGCGUGAAGGCAAAGUCACUCCGGGCGAUCUCAUUCGUUGCUUGGUCGACUUUCCGCAUCUUAAAACACUGUCUGCUCAUGUGCAAACAGACCAAAAUGUGCACCCUUUGGUGUACACUCCCACCAAGAUAAACUGUGCUCUUCGGCAUCUGGAACUGACCAUCGCCAAGAACAAUGGGCGAAUAAUGGACAGCCUAAUUCAGUUCCUUCGACUAACCAAGGACCUACACAUGUUUUUGUUGGAUGAUAGAACGACACGCAAGACCAUGGGCGAGUUAAGCAACUCAUUUGUCUGGGAGUUAGGAGGUUCUGCACCAGAAUUGGACAUUCCUCGUAUCGUCGAGGCCCUAUAUGGGAGCCAUGAGACUCUCGUUCGUCUCAAUAUUACUCAAUACGAUCCCUUCUUGCAAGGAAAUCGUGAUCCAGUGCUCAUCUCGUUUCGGCAAUUCACCUCCCUGGAAACUCUAGUGAUCCCAUUUACACCCGUACUACCUGCCUCACCUCAAAACGUACAAUCACACACGAUAUGCUUCCCUAAAUCUCUCGCCGUUCUCACUAUUGUGCGAGAAGCGAAGCUGUCACUCCAUGAACUGGAGGUUAUCCUUCACUUAUUACGGAAUAGUCUCAGAGAACUGGGAGCGUUUGUCAUAGGCAACUAUCAAGAAGUACAGGACACUGUCUAUAAGCGUUCUCCUGGUAAAGUUACAUGGACCACAGGUGAUAAGUUUCAAGGGGCCCAGUGGGUAAAUGUUCAUAUUUCGAGACCAGAAGUUUCAAAGGAUAGAGUGUGA